AUGAUAAUCUUAUACAUUGUAUGUUUAGUUUGUUUCUCCAGAACUGGAAGCUGCGAGUGGAUAUCUAUCUAUCUAUCUAUCUAUCUAUCUAUCUGUCAAUUGUUCUUAUAUAGUCGUUUGGUUCUGAAUAAAAGCAAAGUUCAAACUCUCGUCGUUUUUUUUUUUCGUUUUCUUUUUGUUGUGCUUUUCUUUCAUUCUGUUCCCCCCUUCUUUGUCUUCUCCAUUCUGUUCUUUACCACAUCCUCUUCAUUCUUCUUCUUUUUCUUCUUUUCUUAUUCAUUCUGUCUAAUUCCUCCUCCGUCUUUUUCGUUCUGUUCCUCUUGCCCUCCACUGUAUCCUUCAAUGGCUUCCUCCUCUCUUCCAACUACUCCUCCACCGCCUUCUUUUUAUUCAUUUUGUUUCAUUCCUUCUCCGAUUCCUUCAUUCUGCUCCCCUCAUGCUCCUCUGUAUUCUUCAAUCUAUUUUCCUCCUUUUUUAAAUUCUGUUCUCGGUUUCCUCCGUCUUUUUCAUUUUGUCCUCCUCCUUCGUCUUUAUCAUUCUAAAUUCUAUCCUCUUCUACUUUUCUUUCUUCAUUCUCUCCCCUCCUCCUUCAUCUUGUUCCUUUCCCCUCCUUUUUUCUUCUUCAUUCUUCCCCUUUUCCUUUUUCUGUCCCCUUCUUCCUUAGUUUGUAUUCUUUCUACCACCCUCCCCCAUUUUCUUCUUCAUUCUGUUCCUUUCCAACUCUUUUUAUUUCAUUUUGUCCUCCUUCUCAUCCUUCAGAUGUUGUUGACCUUGUCGUUCUUGUUCUUCUUUUUCUCCUUCUAA